CGCCUGCGUGUUUCAGCUGAACUUCUGCAUGACGUGGAAACGACUUCCCCUAGUCGAGUGUGGUGAAGACAGCGCGGACAUUUUAUACUUUAUUUCUGCACAAUAAUCCGCUUUAUUAGAUCAAAACUAGGCGUUUUGUGGGCACAUGAGUGAGGAAGAGCGCCUAGCUGUACAGAAACAAAGCGGCAGCGUCGGAAGAGUAACCGUUUCCUCGCUGUAACUUCUCAGCUCCAAGAUGUCGGAACCAGUCGGGAAGAAGCUGAAAACUAAUGUACCCUUGUGUAAAGCACACUGCGUUUUGGUGGGCAGUAAAGCGAAGCAGAAUUUCCCUACAGCCGUUGAAGAAGGUUUAUGUGGAGUUUCAACUUCAGUGAUGGAGUUUGCCUACCGACUUGAAGCGUUGGCCAAGAUCUUUGAGCAGGAUGAUCUGCCCUUGUCCCGUGUAGCUGCGUUUUUCCAUCAGGAGUCUUCAAGGGAGCAGGCGCAGGCCGAGGCCAUGCUACAGUACAUGUCUGAUCGUGGAGGACAGUACUGCAACAAAGUUAUUCAGAAACCAGGUACUGAGCAGGUGUGUGCACUGCUCCCUUCUCUGGAGCUCAUGUUGGGCCAGUGGAAGGAGGAGAUGGCCAUCAUGGUGGGACUGUGUCAGCUAGCACAUGAGCAUGAGGACCCUCACACCAUCAGUGUGGUCAAACGCCACUUCCUCAAUCCAGUUGUCUCAAAGAUCAAGCUUUUGGGUGACUUAUUGACAAAUGCUCGUAGAGUGGGAUGCACCAAUGACAGUACCGGAGGUUUUGGAGAAUAUCUCAUCGACCAGCUUUACAAGGAACUGAGCUGAAUUUUCUGCUAAUAAUAAAGCCCCCUUGGGAUGCAAUUAAAACCUGACCAGCAUUAUAGAAUAGAAAUGGCUUCUAUUCUAGCUUUUGAACUUGGUAAUGUGACUUCAUUAAACAAAGCCAUUCUAUUUUGUAUACAAAUAAAUAAUAAGUUAUUGAUGAUGUAAACACAUGUGAGUUAUGUGAAUUGAACGUUCUUGCUCUUUGUUACUAAUGCGCUUUUUUUUGCCAUGUACCCUAUCAUGUAUAUUACCAUGAAAUUCUCUUCUAUUAAAUGUGUGC